AUCAUUCUUACCCAUCAAACCAUAGCAGCAUAUUGCUUUUCAGCUGCUAAGCAGCCUUCUGUCCAAGUUACAUUUUCUUCCUCUCAUUCCUUUGUUUUUCUGUUGGGAUCCAAAGUUGAGUUUGCCAAUGCGAACGCUUCCUUUUUGCCGAGGAGCACUUAUGUGCUGCUCGGUGAUCUUGCUUUUCACAUUAAGUUUCUGCUAUGGUAGUGACCAGACAGUUGAGGUAGUUGGUCUUGGGGAAUGUGCAGACUGUGAGCAGAGUAACAUUCAGACUAGCCAUGCCUUUUCAGGGCUUCCUGUGACAGUUGAUUGCAAGCAAGCAAAUGGACACUUCAGGACCAGAGGAGUAGGGAAGCUCGAUGAAGAAGGAAAGUUUGAAGUGUCUCUUCCUCAGGAGAUCGUGAAAGACGGACAACUAAAUGAAGAAUGCUAUGCGCAGCUUCACAGUGCAUCAGCUGCACCAUGCCCUGCCCACAAUGGCCUAGAAUCCUCAAAAGUUAUAUUCAAGUCCAAAGCCAAUGGAAAACAUACCUUUGGGCUGGCUGGUAAACUCAAAUUCUCCCCCGUGACAUGUACUUCAGCCUUCCUGUGGCCUCACUACAAACACCCGCCACUACCCAAAUUGCCGCCUUUUCCUCCCCAUCCACACUGGAAGAAGUACUUUGGUCAUCACUUCCCUUACCCUCAUAAGGUCUUUCCCCCACUACCACCAAAGGUCUUCCCUCCCAUAUAUAAGAAGCCUUUGCCGCCAAUUCCAAAGUUCAAGAAGCCACUUCCACCUCCGGUACCUGUAUACAAGAAGCCUCUUCCUCCGCCUGUUCCAAAGUUUAAGAAACCACUUCCACCGCCGAUACCUGUAUAUAAGAAGCCACUUCCUCCGCCAUUUCCAAAAUUCAAAAAGCCACUUCCACCUCCCAUUCCAGUAUUCAAACCGAAACCACCAAUUUUCAAGCCUCCUUCAAUCCCAAAGAUCUAUCACCCACCUCUGCCAAAAUUCAAAAAGCCCCUUCCUCCCAUUCCAAUCUACAAACCAAAACCCCCCGUAUACCAUAAACCUCUUCCACCAAUCCCAAAGAUCCCUCCAUAUUAUAAGAAGCCUUGCCCACCCCUUCCUAAAGUCCCACUUCAUCCUAAACUUCCUCCUAUUCCAAAGCAUCCCAAGUAUUUCCCCCACCCCAAGUUUGGAAAGUGGCCUCCGUUGCCACCUCAUCCUUAGAUCACUGCAGUAUAUGUUCCAAAUGUAAGUGGAAACGAUGUUGUUUUAUUUAAUUAAGUCUGGUGUGGAAAUUUAAUACUGUAAUAAAGCCUCGAAGAAAAAGAUGGUGCAAAUGAAAAGGCUUGGAGAGAGAGAGAGAGAGAGAGAGAUAUGAAUCAAUAUUUAUUACUUGUCGAAGUUAUAGGCCGUGUGUGGAUCAUUCCUUUUAGUUUUACAUUUAGAGGUCCGAAUGCAUUUGACUUGCUGUAAUAAUUGUACUAUCUUGUCUUGCAAAAUAUAUAUCCUCCAUUUUGCGAUAA